AUGCCGCGUCCGCCGCGCUGGAGGCAUCCACAGGACCGCAUAUUUCACGACGCCGUGGACUGGUGGCGCGACGUCAACGAGUCGCCGUUGUGGCAGGACCGCAUAUUUCACGCGCUCGCCGUGCUCUACGGUAUCAUCUCGGUCGUCGCGCUGGUCAAAUUAAUCAGAAUCGAGUGCAGGGUGCCAGAGUAUGGAUGGACAACGCAGAAGGUGUUCCAUUUUCUAAACUUCCUUGUGAAUGGCGUGUGGUAUGACGUUUUUGUGCUGCGGCGAAAUGUGCAACUUGUAGAGCCUGAGAUAAUACAACAUGUGCUUCUGGAUAUGCCCGGGCUUGCAUUCUUCACGACAUAUGCACUUUUAGUGCUCUUCUGGGCUGAGAUUUAUUAUCAGGCACGUGCCAUGUCGACUGAUGGGCUUAGACCAACUUUCUAUUGGAUCAACGGUGUGGUCUAUGCAAUUCAGGUGAUAAACGUGUUGUGGUACAAGAUGGGGUUUUGUCCCAAUGGUCCUAAUUACUGGCGUCCACAUGUGCACCAUGUUCUGCCUCCCAGGAUCUCGGUCGCGAUAUUCCAGCGACUCCCCAUCCCCGCCGCCGCCAUCAUCGCCCCCAAGCUCGCGCUCUGCUCUUCUCCGUGGGGAUUUUGUAUGAUACUAAAAAAUAGUGCUCAUGAGGAAGAGCUAACUUCCCAAGUGAAAGGGUGGAUACGCUCAUGGGACAACGAAACAAUUAAUGUUUUAGAUGUCCUUUUCAACUUCCCUGACAUAUCAAUGGAAUUGGUUGAAGGUAAUGUAUGA